AUGAGGGGCAGUACACUCAAUGGAUACCGAUCCAAGGCCCUGGAGAAAAUUGCCGUCCUCGCCGCGACAUCUACAAAAGUAAAAGAGUCUGGCUUCGAAGACCUUUGCAACAGCUUCGAAAGCUAUGAGGUCGACCAUCAGGCAUCUAGCCUGUCACAAAUCCCAAUUGGCGCUCAAGAAACCGACUUAUUGUUUGCCCUGUGCAAAGCAGCUCCGCUCGUCGACAGCCUCGAGAAAGCCUCCCUAUUGCUCCAUCAACUAUCUCCAUACUUGUUAGAAGCAAAUGUUCAGCAAUUCCGGCCUACUCCAGUUGUUCGAGCGAUCGAGCCUUCGCCAUGGGAGUCUCUAACCUUCCAACUGACUGGAGCUAUCCUAUCAAUUGGCAUAAAGCACAGUAAUCUUCGUCAUGAGGUCUUGGGAUGUACAACAAAGUACAUCCAGAAUUGCAUAUCAUUUGCGAACCAAGUAUCUCGCUCUCAGUCACCAGAUGCCCAUCUUCUCAGAAGCGAACGUCUAGAUAUUGCUUCUCAUGCCCUCUCGCUCCUCGGAUUCUUAGAAGGCGUGUCUGCUUAUACGAACUUUUACGAUUCUAGCGGAAUGUUGAACCUUGUGCGAACACUACAGGAUGUAUUAGAAGAUCAGUUCAUGAAGUCUCUGGAAGAUGUAUUGUCAUCGAUUCGAACCUCCGAAGCGAUUCAGCAGCGUUUUACUAAUUGGACGACUUACAUCGAACGAUACGAGGCCCAUCAUCGUCCACUGGGUGCCAAGCUGUUACGAUGCAGUUUCAUGAAGUUGCUUGUAUCUUGUAGCUCUCUCUUAGUUGGUACUCCUGUGCAACUUCAAAAAGCCGAUACUUUCCAGCUUCUGACGUCUCUGGAUGAAGGCGCAACAGCCCGCCAUUCGCAGGGUACUAGCGCUCUCCUGGUUCUGUUAACAGACAUGUCCACAAAAUCAAUGUAUUUGCUGGAUAAUGAUUCGGACUAUAUUCGCCUAAGUUCUGUGUGGCAGCAACGCCUUGCUUUUACAGCAAAAGCGUUUUCUCUACAUACUUUCUUGAAUUGCAUGGCUGUAGACGAAGACGUUGCUAGCAUCGACACCUUAAUGCCGUGGCUGGAACACGAGAUGAGCGAUGCGGCGUCGAUGGCAGAUGAGAUGCUUGCCGCUGUAGUCCUCAAAUCUAUGGCCGUCGUUGCUAAACAGUCUCCUGUAAUUGUCUCUGGAUUAAGUCGAUCUCUACCUAGGUUCGUGGUUCAAGGCAAACUAAGGGGCGAGACCGUAGACGUCGCAGCAUGGAGCUUGACAAACAUACUCCGUUUGAUUUCUCAAGACGCAAUUAUUACGGGCAUUUACACGUUAGGCAAUGUACUGAGUGCGGGUUCUGGAAACGACAGCAUGGCACAUACGCACAAUCAGGGCAAUGGCGGCACACGAUCCCUGAAAGGAGCAACACAGUUAGAUCACGUUCAAAUGCAACAUUCAACCGGGAGCGCGAUCUCUUUGGUAAUGAGUGACGAAGAAGAGGUUACUACUGCUUACGGCAACAUCAUACACGCUGUCGUGUGUAUAGCAACAAACUCACGAGACAGCCGAAUUGCUUCACUUACUCAGUCAAUGCUGUUGCAAAAAUUGGGUCGAAUAAGUUUGGCAGUAGAUCUUCAUAUCAUUCGGGAGACCGCAUUGUUGGCUUUGACAGCCGGAGAGGCAGAAUUCAAGAGCCUGUUGAAACUCUAUAAUCGACUCAGUCAUGAGGGUACCAAAAAUAAGGAAAGCACGCUUCUUGAAGCCGUGAACAGUGCUCGCGUGCACAUCGCUAGUGCUUUAUCGCACGACUCGCCUCUCUAUCCCAUGUAUCUGACCAGCCUUCUGGAAGCCAUCAUAAGCAAGGGAGAUGCCCAUGAGAAAGAUAACACAAAGCGCGCUGACGUCGACCUGGCCGCUCGCGAGAUAGUGGAAUUGCUCCCUGCAUUAGCAGUCUUGGCCUCUGUAGAGACUGACCAAGAGGAGAUUAGCGAGGAUCCAAACGUAGCAAGACUUCAUCGAGAAGCUUGGUUCAACGUCAUUGUCCAUGGCAUCACUCCCGAUUCUGCCUAUGGAAAGAAAUGUCGCAAGGAGCUUCGGAUUCUUGCCAUGAAGUCAAGGGCUUUGGUAGCAGACGAUCGCAGUGAUCAAUACGAGAGCGACAUUGAAUUGAAUACUGUGCUGAGACGUGGCAUGAGCGGUCCGAACACUGCAGAACAGAAGAAGCUUUUGAUGACUCUGCUGCCGAAGUGUGAGUCCGAGAUCAGGAGCCUCACUCACCCAAAGGUUAUUUUUCUCAUUGCUGCAUAUUUCGUGGAAACCCUCAGAGCGGAAGGUGGUGACUGUAGCCAUAUCUUGUCCUAUUUCCUCGACGCAGGGCUCGAGGGGCCUGCCAUGGAGGUUUGCACGAGUGCGAUAGCUGACCACGUCAUCGGCGUGUACUUGAACACGAUCUUACACGGUGCAAACAAACAUAACCAUGCGCCCUCGGUAGCCAAGCAGUUGGCAAACAUGUUCGUGGGUUGCUGCCACCGAAUACUAAAGGUCCAGCGCAUCGCUUUCUCUUCAGUAGAUAGAAUCGUCAGCCAGAUUCCAUCCGCACUUUGCCAGAGGUCCUCACUCUAUGCCUUGUUGGAACUAUUGACAAUCAUGUGGACGAGCUGUCUAGAAGCGGAACUUGAUGAAUAUGAGCUGAAGGCGAACUACAGCUCUGUUCGUGGGAAUGUGUCAGUAGAGCUUUCGGACGACUAUGACCACAGACGGCUUACUUUAGAUGGCCUCUACAAAGGAGCUAAAAAUUGGAUGACCAUGGUCAUUGAUUGUGCGCCUUUGGAUAUCAAAGGCCUUUUACAAACAUACUUGUCAGAAUAUGAGGACGACGGAGCCUAUGGUCAUGUAGCUUUGGGCAGAAAUUUCGCUAUAGACAUGGGUUCUGUUAUACCUGCGGCAGAUCAGAAGCUGAACGGUGAUGCCAAUGUACUUGUGCAAUCUUUGCGACACCCUGUAAACGAUGAUGAGGACCUGCUCUCAUAUCUCGAGAGUCGUGCAUCAGCUGGAGACUACAUCCCGAUCAGCGAGCUGCGAGAUAGCCUCAGACGAGCAGCAGCGCUGCUUUGUAGGAGGCACAUUGAGCAAACCGAGACCAUCCAACAACUUGUCGGCAUACCAUUUACCGUCUUCACCAAACAAUCCAUCAAGCUCGGAAUAUCUCUCUGGUUGAACAUCAUCAACGAAAACCCGCGAAUGGAGCCUAGGAUUCUGUCGGCAAUUGCUGAAGGGUGGGAGAAGAGUGUCCGCAAUCGUGAUGGCGCCUUCAGUCCCCAGCUUCGGUGGGUCGCGAGACGACUGAAUAUACAUUUACUAACGUUCAGCAGCCACCUAGAUCCGUUCUACCUAAAGGAGGAAUUUGCACCAUCUGAGAAGGCAACUCUAGCAAGGAAGCAACAAGCAGCCCAUGAUCUGAUCGCGCCCCAUUUGCGUAUUCUACAGUUCUUAACAAGUCAUUUUGCCUCAAGCAGACUCGGCAGCCCUCAAUCUCAGCAAGUCUUUCAAAGGCUCGCAAUUGUGACUCUCGAGAGCCAAGGUGAGCUAGCCAAUGAAAUGAAGGAAGAGCCGCAAUUGAUUUCAAUAGGUGGUCGUUUGGAGGCAAUCGCCUCCAGAUCAAAGCAGAAAGUCGACUCAUGA